CCCGGGUAAAGUCCCCGCAGAGCCCGAGCAGCGGCCCAGCGCACAGAGGAAGCUUGAGAAGCGGCACGUCCCACCGGACAUUUCCCUCUCGCUGCUCCCCGCCGCUGCCACCGCCUCCUGAGCCGAGCAAGACAUGAGCCAGGCCCGCUGGACCGGGAAGAGAACAGACAUGCUUCCGGAGAUCGCCGCCGCCGUGGGCUUCCUCUCCAGCCUCCUGAGGACCCGGGGCUGCGUGAGCGAGCAGAGACUAAAGGUUUUCAGCGGCGCUCUCCAGGAGGCACUAACAGAGCACUACAAACACCACUGGUUUCCUGAGAAGCCGUCCAAGGGCUCCGGCUACCGCUGCAUCCGAAUCAACCACAAGAUGGAUCCCAUCAUCAGCAAGGUGGCCAGCCAGAUCGGACUCAGCCAGCCCCAGCUGCACCAGCUGCUGCCCAGUGAGCUGACCCUGUGGGUGGACCCCUACGAGGUGUCCUACCGCAUUGGGGAGGAUGGCUCCAUCUGCGUCUUGUACGAGGAGGCCCCGGUGGCAGCCUCCUAUGGGCUCCUCACCUGCAAGAACCAAAUGAUGCUGGGCCGGAGCAGCCCCUCGAAGAACUACGUGAUGGCGGUCUCCAGUUAGAUCCCCCGCCAGCCCCACCAGGCACUCUACUGUACUCAUUCUGUCGUGACAACAGGCCGCUGCAUACCUCAACCUGGGGAACUGUAUUUUAAAUGAAGAGCUAUUUAUAUAUAUAUACAUAUAUAUAUUAUUUUUUUUUAAGAAAAGGGGAGAAAAAAAAA